AUGUCGUUUGAUUCCAUAUCUUCUGGAGCCACCGGCUGCUUUCCGCGACGAGCUCAUACCAUCACAGCACCAGAUGAAACACAUAUAUAUGUUGUGAAUGUUUACUUACAUUGCUUCAAUCCGGAGAAUGAAGCUGAUCGUCUAUCCAUCGAACUUCAUAAAAGGUCAACAACUGAAGAGUUAAUUGAGAAAGUCAUUCAAUUGAAAGAUGAAUUCACCGGACAAUCACCUGACGAUUAUGAGUUAUUUGAAAUGAUGGGAACACCUGAUGGCCAGAUGUACAAGGAAAGACGUCUUGACCGAGGAGAAUAUCCAGUAGCUGUUCAGCUCAUAUGGGCUCGACAACCAUCUACAGAUGAAUCUUCACCGAAAAACAGAUUCGUCUUCCGCCACAAAGGCACACGAGCUUCAGCAGGUGGCACGAGGUUUGGGUCAGCCGAAGCUGCUAGUACAAUUGAUGCAUUCCUCGCUAAGUUUCUUACACAACCACAGGAUAGGGAGUAUGCCGAUCUUUGUAUGCUGCCGGAGCUGACGGAGCAAACCUUAUUAGACAACUUGCGUGAUCGUUUCAAUUCCGGUCAUAUAUACACCUAUAUCGGGCCUAUCCUUGUAGCUGUCAACCCAUUCAGCUUCUUCCCCAUAUACAAUCCUAAAUAUGCUCGUCUUUACUGUCAAAGUAGACGAUUGGGUGCUCUUCCUCCCCACAUAUUCGCCAUUGCCGACAUAACCUAUCAUAAUAUGUUGCGAAUCAAAGAAAACCAAUGUGUUGUUAUAAGUGGUGAGAGUGGUUCUGGAAAAACGGAGUCCACUAACCAUCUUAUAUCACAUCUAACAACGUUGAGUCAGAAAGGUAGUAGUGGUUGUACAGCUGACCAGACGUUGUUGAGUGCCGGGCCGGUCUUGGAGGCUUUUGGUAAUGCAGUGACGCUUCAGAAUAAUAACAGUAGUAGAUUCGGAAAAUUCAUCAAAAUUAAUUACCGUGAGAAUGGGAUGGUUUCUGGGGCAAAUGUUGAAAUUUAUUUACUAGAGAAAUCAAGGAUAAUAUCACAAGCCAAAGGUGAAAGGAACUACCACGUCUUUUACUACUUGUUGGAAGGUGCUACCGAGGAACAACGGGCGGCAUUCUACUUGAUGAAGCCUAGCGACUAUCACUACUUGAAUCAAAACGAACCAUUUUCUCCAGAAGGCGUAGAUGAGCGCUAUGAAUUUGAUCGACUUCGACAUUCCAUGAACAGCGUUGGCUUCAACCAAAACACGCAGCACACCAUAUUUGCCAUUAUAUCAGCUGUAUUAUUACUGGGUAACAUAACAUAUAUUAAGAGACAUGGAUAUCACAGUGACGAGAACGCUUACAUAGAAAAUGAAGAGAUCGUCGAUCUGAUUGCCCAACUGCUGAACAUAAAGAAAGACUUGUUGUUACAGGCUCUUACAAUGAAGCGUCAUGUGAUGAAGACCGAAACCGUUGUUACUCGGUACAGCGUAGUUGAGGCCACGAACACUCGGGAUGCCAUGGCUAAAUGUUUGUACAAUGCCUUGUUCCAUUGGAUUGUUUUGCGUAUCAAUCAAGCUUUACUCAAAAAGGAAGCUGGCUCAAAGGGAUAUUACAUAGGUAUUCUUGAUAUUUUUGGAUUCGAAGAUGUCGGCGCGCAAUGGAACUCAUUUGAACAGUUGUGUAUCAACUAUGCUAAUGAGCAUCUCCAAGCGUAUUUCAAUCAACAUAUCUUUCAAUUUGAACAAGAAGAAUAUUUGAAAGAAGGGAUCUCUUGGACAAACAUUGAAUAUACCGAUAACACAGAAUGUGUCCAACUGUUCCAGAGCAAACCAUAUGGACUUCUUCGAUUAAUUGAUGAAGAAAGUAAUAUCAACAAUGGUACAGAUGACUCUAUGCUAGCAAAGCUUAAUCAGUUUCUAAAAACGAACGAGUAUUAUGAGACUCCACAACGCAAAGAGCCAGCCUUCAUCAUAGCUCACUACGCUGGGAAAGUGAAAUACCAAAUAACAGGAUUCAGAGAGAAGAAUAAGGAUUUGAUGCGUGUUGAUGUGUUGAAUACUUUAAAAACAAGUCGAAUAGCUCUGAUGAAAGCACUGUUGGGCUCUGAUCCUGUGGCAACAUACAGAUGGGGUUUCUUACGGACGGUGUUUCGAGCAAUGCAAGCUUUCAAACAAUCUGGGAAGCGUUUGCAACGCAGUGAGUCGGCUGGUCAUUUACGCGUGUUAGAAACGGUUAUUGCUCCUCGGAGAGGCUCUGAUUCUGCUUUAUCUGCUUUCUUGCGUGGAGACCUGCAUAUUGAUUUACCUGAUUUCUGUGAUACAAGCAUGUUCGACACAAUCUUCAAUCAAGCACGGCGUACACCAGCUGGACGUGUUGAGGAUAAGAUGAGUAAUUUGAAAAGCCUACAGAUUCUAAAAGAAACGAUUGGAAAAAAGCCACUCUCCAAAAAGCCAGCUAGUGUUUCAAAACAGUUUGAAUAUUCACUCAGCCGUUUGAUGAACACACUUGGCCAUGCUACUCCUUACUUCAUCCGCUGCAUUAAAAGUAAUAACGAUAAGAUUCCCAACCAUUUCGAUGACAAUAUCAUCUUACGUCAAUUGCGCUACACUGGAAUGCUUGAAACCGUUCGCAUCCGACGUGCUGGUUAUUCUGUUAGAAUUGAAUAUGAUAGUUUUGUACAACAAUACCGUAUCCUCUUAAGGCAUGGUCGUGACAGUACUGUGGAUGAUGUCAAAGAGUUCAUUGGCUCUCAUCCCUUUAUUGAAACGGUCAAUAUUCAAUACGGUGUCAGCAAGGUGUUCAUGCGCGACGCGGAGAAGCUGAUUCUGGACGACCAUCUUCACAGGACCAUCAUGCAACACAUAAGCGCCCUACAGCGAUGGUUCAGAACGUUAAUUGCUCGAAAACGGUACCUGAAGCUGAAACAAGGAAUUGUAAAAAUUCAAGCUUUGGUACGCGGUGCGCUGGCUAGGAAUCAACUGAGGAGAGAAGCUUAUGCUGCCUUAGUGAUUCAGUCUAACUGGAGAAGAUAUCAUGAAGAACAUCGCUACCUUCUUAUCAAGAGAGCUGUGCUAGCUAUACAAGCAGCUUAUCGUGGCUGCGAGGCUAGGAAGCGUCUCAAAGAUAUUCCGAAAUCUGGUCAAUUGACAUUCCGUCCGCAGCGAGUUCAAGCUGUUCAACUGAGCAAGUUCGAUUUGAACGAUCCUGAAUCACUUCUGCCGUUCGUUACUUCUGAUGAUGAUCUAGACAGUGAGCUUUCAUCUGUCGGUGGAUUAGAUGAGGAUUGUACUGAAGGCAGCGUUCUUGGAGAUGCAGAUUAUCGAGAAGUAGACGACGCCAUUGAACUGGAUGCUACCUUCAUUCUUGAAGAUGCACGCUUAAAGCUUGUCAAUGAUGUUCCCGAUCCAUCGUUCCAUAGGCGACAAUCUCUGGCUGCAACUGCUUCAACGACUAAGUUGAAAAUGAUGCGCAGAGCCAACAGCACCGAAAGUAAUCAGCUUCCUAGAUCUGAAGAAAGCUACAAGCAACUACAGCAACUGUCUCAGGAAGUCACCAAGAAGAAGACGGGUAGUCGUUUAGGAUUCACUAAAGCCAAACGUAAUCUUAAAGCGCUGUUUGGUCGCAGAGGCGAUAGUGGUAAUGAUGAGCUCGAAGAACAAGAACCGGGUACCAGCAAUGAAUUGGUUGCGGAUCAACCUAGAAGAGAUCAUCAAUUCAAAAUUUCACGUUUACAUCGACAGGAAGUAUGUGUGUUAUGUAAUAGACAUCUUACUGGUUUUAUAUCUCAAGUUCACAAAUGCUCAAGGUGCAAAAUGUGUUUUCAUAAGGAAUGUUCCUCUUUUGCAAACUCUAUUCCCUGUCAAGUACCCUCACCGAUCUCAUCUCCUACACGAUUACAAUCACCUAAGAGGGCUUGGGAUAUUAUGUAUGGAAAAGGACGACAAUCCACUUCACCUCUGCCAUCUCCUUGGAGAUUCAACCUUCACAACACAAAACAACAAACUGAUCCUGGCAAUAUGAUUGUUGAAUCUACAGAGGAUCUUCGGUUGUUCAGUGUAUUCAUAUUCAAGAAGCAAACAGAACUUGACCACAACUCUGCCAAGCGUGACACAAUCGUUGAUGCUAUUUUCAAAAAAAGUUUGCGUCAAUUUCAUAUGGAACUCAUCGGUCAUGAAGCUGUAUCCAUGGAAGAACAAGCAGUCUUGAAAUAUCGCGAUCUCAUAACAACUUUUGAAGGAUUACUUACUAAAGUAUGUCGAGAAGAGAAAGUAUCUUUUCCAACAACUUUAGGAGUUAAUGCUUUUCGCGGCUUUCUGAACGAAUUCAUGCAACAACAACUCAAGAAGAAAGGUUCAAAACAGAAAACUGGCAUCAUCAAGAUGCAUGCUGGGCAUCGUUUUCGUUCAGAUAUUGUCCAUGUCCCAACGUAUUGUGAAUCGUGCAAUCAAUUCAUGUGGCAUGCAGAAAAGAUUUUGAUUUGCGUCGCCUGUCGAAUAUCUUGUCAUAAAAAAUGUCACUCAAAGCUCACUCAACAAUGUGCUCUCAGUGGACAAAAUCUUCAUAACACUAAAAAUUCGGAGACAAAUGGUCGAUUUUUCGGUGUUUCACUGAAUUCUUUGGUGGACGAUGGAGAAAACAGUAUUCCACCAUUGAUUGAUAAAUUAUUCAUGAACAUUGAAACGAGAGCUUUAUUCGUUGAAGGCAUAUACAGAAAAAGUGGUUCUAUUGCUCAGGUCAGAAGUUCUCGUAGGUCUAUAGAAAUUGCUUCUGAUACCGAAAGCAUAUCCUUUGAUGAUGUUCCAGUUCACGUUUUAUCAACACUUAUCAAAUCAUUCUUCCGUGAAAUGCCCGAACCAUUAAUUACCUUUGAUCUCUAUGAAAAUUUUUUGAAUGUAUCAGAAGUAGAAGAUAGCUUUGAACGAGGUCGUUGUUUAUCAGUUAUGAUUGAUCUACUUCCAAAACAUAAUCGCUCAUUAUUAGAUCGUUUAAUGUUCCAUCUCGCUCGUGUCGCACAUCAGGAAGCUGUCAAUAAAAUGGGUCCUUCAAACUUAGCUCUCAUAUUUGGUCCAUGUAUACUACGCAGGCAGGAAACAGUUCACGCUCAGGAACAAUUGAAUGACGUAUCUCGACAAGCCAUAUGUGUACAGACAUUAAUAGAAGAAAAACUUCGUCAAUAUAAAACAACCCUUAUUAGCAUCGUACAACUAGAAGAUGCUAGCCAAAAGGUUUCGGCUAAUUUGAAACUGAUAGAGGAACAUCGUCAGCAGUCUGAAGAAGAACAGAUCCCAUCGAAUAUCGGAACUGCUAAGCAAUUAUUCGAGGAACAGCUAGACUUCCUCGGAAAACAAAAAGAACGGUUAAUUCAAGAGCUGCCACCAUUAGCUCCGGUAGCUUCUUCAGAAGAUUUAUCAUCAUCAGACGAGCAUUCUGCUGGUAUCACUUCCGAAGAAUAUGCCUUAGAUUUGGACGCUCCACCUGUCUUCGGAGUUUUGGUACAUCUUACGAAGUCUCGACCAAGAUCGCUCAACUCAAGACGAAUUAUUCCAUCUAGUCAAAACCAAACAACCAAACCGGUCAUUUUUUUCACCCCAAAUUGA